AUGUCUGCUCUACGGAUAUUCAGCCGUUUAACCAGGAGUCUUCCACUCCGACCGCUGGCAGGGAUUUCCCUGCGCUAUAAGUACACCCAACAUCAAGGAGUUAAGGGAAUUCGCAACCGAAAAAGCUUCUUUGAGGCCCAGAUGCAGGCCACCGGUCAGGAUAAUGAGGAUUUGGAGCAGGAGGAGCGGACAACUGGCAGCGAUUUAGCAGACAUGCGGUUCCUAGAUGAUAGAGCCUACGACGAGGUGGCCGGAGGCGCCAUGCGCAUCAUCCGCGACAUAGCCAGCUCCCAGCAAGUCCUAAUCCUCCAGCCGUACGUAAAGUGGGCCGCCAAACGGCAGAGCACACCCGUGGAUGUUCGGCCAGAGGAUCAACUGGCGGAGGCCUCUGCUUUGAUUCACUCGCUGCCCAAUUGGCAGGUGGCUAGGGCGCUCAAAGUUCCACUGGAAAGUCUCGAGAAGAAGACACUCUUUGGCAGCGGCAAGCUAGUGGACCUGAAAGAGCUGGUCGCCGAACUGCGGCAGGAACGGCAACUCACCUGCCUGUUUGUCAGCAAGGGCACGCUGUCCUUUGCCCAGAAACGCUUCCUGGAGGCGGAGUUCCGGCUGCCGGUGAUGGAUCGCUACUCCGUGGUGAUACAGAUCCUAAGGCUACAUGCCACCAGCGCGGAGGCAAAGCUGCAGGUAGCCAUGGCUGAGCUGCCCUACAUUUGGGCCCAGGCCAAGGAUGCGAGUGUCACGCAGACGCGUCGCCAGGGCUACGCUUUGAGUGACCUGCAGAAGGAGAUUCUGCGCACCAGGGAGCGCAAAUUGCGAGCGGAAUUGGAUCGGGUGCGUCGACAGAGGCAGUUGCUCCGUCAAAAGCGAAAGCAGCAAAAUUAUCCCAUUGUGGCCGUCGUUGGUUACACAAAUGCCGGCAAGACCUCCUUGAUCAAGGCUCUCACCGUGGAGGAUGCUCUGCAGCCGAGGAAUCAGUUGUUCGCCACCCUCGAUGUGACUGCUCAUGCGGGCUGCUUGCCCUGCAAUCUGCAGGUGAUCUACAUGGACACCGUGGGCUUCAUGUCCGAUUUGCCCACGGGACUUUUUGAGUGCUUCGUGGCCACUUUGGAGGAUGCCAUGCUGGCGGAUGUAAUUGUGCUCGUUCAGGACCUCUCCCAUCCCUGCCAUGCCGCUCAACGCAAUCAUGUGGAGGCCACGCUGCGUUCUUUGGCCUUCAAUGUGGCUGGUGGAGAUUCUACGGCCAGUCAAUUGCCGCCCAUCAUAAAUGUGUACAACAAAUGUGAUUUGGUAACCGCGGAAACAAAGUCAUCUUCUGAUCCUGUUCACCACAUAUCAGCGCGAGCACAAACUGGUUUAGAACCCCUGCUAGAUGACAUCGAACAACAGAUACUGAUCGCCACCGGGCGAAGAAAGCUGCAAAUGAGAGUGCCCAGCGGUGGACCCGAAAUGGCCUGGCUGUAUAAAAACUCAGCUGUGGUAGAAACCAUAGCGGAUGAGGAGAAUCCCGAGCGGUUGAUGAUGCACGUGGUCAUUAGCCAACGCACCCUGGAUCAAUUCAAACGACAGUUUUGCCAGUGACCCCAAAAGUCUGCAAUUUAAAGUCUCGUGAAUCAAGUUUCUGAGGCGCAACUGGCACCGACUACAUUUGUUUUAUUAUUGCUCUCGUUUUCUGUUGGUUUAUUAAAUAGCGCGUGUAAUUAGGAUUGGUGUUGUUUUCUUGUUUUAAAUUCUUUAUAAAUAUAAAAGUAUCUACCACAAAAAUAAAACGAAAUAAUCUCUAAAAAUAUCAUUAAACAGAAUAUUUGUAUUGCACUUUGCUGA